AUGACUACCAAAAGCAGUAAAGCACGCACUAAAACAGGCAAAGACAAUAAUAAAUCCAAGGAAAGCAUAUACAAUGACAUUAAUGAAUCCUUCGGCCCCUUCAAUGAUCGCACUCCCAAAAUACACAAGCCAGGAAAUCCGAUGAGACCAAUUAUCAACCACAAAUCUGCACCAGGAUACAAACUAUCGAAAUAUCUAAAAUCGUUGCUGAAAGAAAAACUGGAACUGCCCAAUAAAUACACAAUUACGAAUACAGCGGAGUUAAAUGAAAGGAUGAAAUCGCUAGAUAUACCCAAAGAUGCGAAAUUUGUAUCAUUUGAUGUUAAGGAUCUUUGCCCAUCGAUACCAACGGCAGAAACCGUUACCAUCUUGACUAAAACUUUGAUAGAAAAAACAGACAAGAACGUAGCAACGGAAAUCUUGAACACAUUGGAGGUAACACUAGACCAAAACUUCAAGUUUAAUAACAAAAUAUAUAGACAAACUAACGGGCUAGGGAUGGGUAAUCCCACAUCUGCAAUUUUAAUGGAAGUGUUCAUGCAACAUUUAGAGGAAAAGUGUAUGACGAAGCUGACAACAAGCCUGCGAGUAAAGUUCUACGCAAGAUACGUUGAUGACAUCAUAUGUCUUGUAACGGGAGACAAGGAAGAACAAAUUCUAGGAUAUCUCAACGACCAACACACGAAUAUAAAGUUCACUAUUUGGAUAUAA